GUGGUCGGGUUCACGCGAGGAGCAUCCAGCAGCUCAGCCGCGCGCGCACGCACGCACGCAGCGGAGGCUCGAGGAGCGGGUGUGAGCGCGCGGACGCCGCAGUCCGGAGGUCCCGGAGCUCAGGCCGGAGCGGGCGCGCUCUCUCCGCGUGCCCGCCGCACCGAGCAGCCUCAGCGCCGCACGCCGGCCACAGCGCACCGCAGGGCGGACGGACAUGCUGCCGGGGGCCGCCUCGCGCCGCGGCCGCGCGGAGCUGUGAGCGCGCUCUCGGCGCCGUUACCGGGGAUGGUGUCGGGCUGCGGAGCGGAGACGGCGGGGUCAAAGUUCGGCGGCUGCUCCUCGCGCGCGCACGCACGCACACACGCGGGGCCGGAGUUCCAGUAAGAGCCCCGCGCACGCGCAGCCGCUCUCAUAAACGCAGCGCAGCUCGCGGGCGGCGGACGGAGGACGGACAUGUACUCUCCGCUGUGCCUCACGCAGGAUGAAUUCCAUCCUUUUAUUGAAGCCCUGCUGCCCCACGUCCGGGCCUUCGCAUACACAUGGUUCAACCUUCAGGCCCGUAAGAGGAAGUACUUCAAGAAGCACGAGAAGCGCAUGUCCAAGGAGGAGGAGCGCGCCGUGAAGGACGAGCUGCUCAGUGAGAAGCCCGAAGUCAAACAGAAGUGGGCGUCUCGCCUCCUGGCCAAGUUGCGCAAGGACAUCCGGCCCGAGUUCAGGGAGGACUUUGUGCUGACGGUGACGGGGAAGAAGGCGCCGUGCUGCGUGCUGUCCAACCCCGACCAGAAGGGCAAGAUGAGGAGGAUCGACUGCCUGCGCCAGGCGGACAAAGUGUGGCGGCUGGACCUGGUCAUGGUGAUUUUAUUCAAAGGGAUUCCCCUCGAAAGUACUGACGGGGAGAGGCUGGUAAAGUCUCCUCAGUGUUCGAACCCCAGCCUGUGCGUGCAGCCGCAUCACAUUGGAGUUUCAGUCAAGGAGCUGGAUCUCUACCUGGCCUACUUCGUGCAUGCAGAAUCCGGCCAAUCAGAAAGCCCGAAUCAGGCCAGCGAAUCAGACAUCAAGGAGCAGCCGGAGAACGGUCACCUGGGCUUCCAGGACAGCUUCGUGACACCUGGAGUUUUCACAGUGGCCGAGCUCGUCCGAGUGUCUCAGACGCCCAUUGCAGCCGGCACCGGGCCAAACUUCUCGCUGGCUGACCUCGACAGCUCCUCCUACUACAGCAUGAGCCCAGGAGCCAUGAGGAGACCACUGCCCAGCACCUCCUCCUCCAGCUCUGCCAAGAGGAUAAAGUGCAUGGAGGAGGACGUGGACAGCCCGGGGGAGGAGUCCUACUACCCAAGCCAGGGUCGGUCUCCAGGCAGUGGCAGCCAGGCCAGCAGCUGGCACGACGUGGAGCCAGCUGGAUAUAAGCUGCGUGGCUCUCUAGCUAGCUCUUUCAUCUCCCGACAAGGGAUGCCGUCACCCGCCAGCGCUCUAAAGAGGUCAGAGAAGUCCGGUUUCUGCGGCACUGCGCCUUCACCGAGCGGCGCUUCCUCCACCUCCUCCUCUUCUUCUUCCUCCUCUUCCCCCCGAACGGCUUUCACACACCAUCACCGGCCCGUCAUUACCGGGCCUCGAGCGAGCCCCCACGCUCCCCCCUCCAGCCUCCACUUCUCCUCCUCCCCCAUCCUGCAGCAGCCUGGCUCCUACUUCUCCCACCCGGCCAUCAGGUAUCACCCGCAGGAGACGCUCAAGGAGUUCGUCCAGCUGGUCUGUCCUGACUCCGCCCAGCAGGCCGGACAGGUGGGCUUCCUCAACCCUAAUGGUAGCUCCCAGGGAAAGGUCCACAACCCUUUCCUGCCGACGCCCAUGCUGCCUCCCCCACCGCCUCCUCCGAUGGCCCGUCCCGUCCCACUGCCUGUUGACGCCAAGCCGCCCUCCACCUCCUCCACUGAGGGAGGAGGAAACUCACCCACCUCACCCACCUACUCCACCCCCACCACGUCUCCAGCUCAGCGGUUCGUCAGCGUCGGACCUCGGGACCCCGGCUUUAACAUCCCUCAGCAACCACAGUGGUACCUGGGAUAAGGACUCCAGAGGCCCCUCCGCCCACCUGUACGACAGAUCGCUGCAGUCUCCUCUCCGACCUUUCACCUUUGAUGCCAGCUGUGACAGAAAGCCCAGUCUAACCUAUCCCUACUCCUUUC